AUGCUGGCGGAAGGAGUUCGCAGGUCCUCUCGUAGGAAUAAAGGAACAAACAAAUACUUGCAAGACCAACGAACUGCGGAACUGGAGUAUGUGAAAGCUAGAGCUAAAAAACAGGAAGUUGAGGCUGAAGAUCAUGGAAUUUCGGAUGCUGUGCGAUGCCUCGUCUGCGGAACCACUGACGAGAAUUAUGACGAGGAUAAUGAUCCAUAUGGCGACAUGAUACAAUGUGACAAGUGUAACUCUUGGCAGCACAUCAAGUGCAUGAUGGACCAGGAGGAGGCGAAUGAGGUUGAAACUUACUUCUGCAGUAUUUGCUCGCCGUCAAGCUACCCCAAUAUCAGAUAUUCAAUUGAUCCUCAAUCAGUAGUGACAAAAAAGCAUUUCAUCAAGACUUCUAAAUCUGAUGAUGAAAUAGAGGAUUUCCAAGAGGAAAUAUCCGAUGAGGAUGCUAAUGAGUACUUGGGAAAAGAUUCUACACGCCCAAAAAAAAGAAGAAAACUUGAUAGCCCUAAAAAUAUAACAAAGGCCCCUACUGGGGAUCAGGGAUGCAGACUGAGAGAUUCAGCACUAAAAAUGUUUAAAGACCUCUUCACAAAAUAUGUUAUUCCUGAUACAAUUCAGGCUCAUCGGUUUCAGCUCCCUCCUGAGUUUUCAUGUGAACAAUACGCUGAUUCAUUAGCUGCCGAAUUGGAGGAAGAACUCCAUGCAACAAACAUAGCCCAGGAAGAGAGCAAGCUAAAUGGUAUGUACAAAGAAAAAGUCCGAGUUUUGUUUUCAAAUCUCAAAGACCAGAAAAAUAUCGAAAUGAAGGCUUUAGUGGUCAAUAAAGCUUUGCCAUUCAAGAAACUAGUACAAAUGUCAGUUAACGAGCUUGUCAAUCCUGACCUCAAAAGCUUCAAAGAGAAGGUGGGUAGCGAGGCUUUGACUCAGCUUAUCCUGGAACAGCCUCACAAACCCAGGUAUUUCAAAACGCAUAAAGGUGAAGAACUAAUAGAAGAUCCGAAUGAUUACGAACCUGAAGACAUAAUAUUUAACAAAGAUAUUCUGAUUACGAAUCGUGGGACUAGCUCUGAACGUUCACAGCACGAAAGUCCAGAUAAGAAGAGCGUGAAGGAGACUUCGUUACGAACACGUCGAGAAUCGGAUCAGAUUCAAAACAAUAGCAAUCUCGAUGGAGACGAACAUUCAUGGAAAUGUACAGUUGAUUACAAAGAACUGAAUUGUAAGUUCUCAGGAAGCGUGAAAUUCAUUGCAUCCUCUCAGGAAAUAAGCUACACUGUCCAGCGCGAUGCUAUUGGAGAUUCUGCAUUUGUUGUAGAGGGAAGGCUGAGCGACGAAGAAGCAGAGAAGUACAUUCGCCAAAUGGCGGAUAGUCGUGCCUUCCUAGUUUAUGCUAUCAGGCCAGAUGACGUUAGCCAUGAAGUUGAGGCGUUCGAGCAUUUGGUCGAUUUUCUGAGCUCACGGCAGAGGUACGGUGCGCUAGUUUCCAAGAGACAAUAUGUGCGCCACGUUUAUGUCAUUCCAAGAACGGAAACACUUCAAUCAGAGGUUUUCAACCAUCUACACCUUAACGAGAUAGGCUCUAAGCUUGAAGCUCAGAAGUGCCUGCUCGUAGUUUUGAUUUUACGGUUGGACAUGCUUGAUCUUAAAUAA